AUGAGGUCGUUGACGCCGCCGCAUGUGCCGGGGCUGUGGGAGAGGGAAGAACUCGUGGAGGUCCUGAUCCGCAUUCCGCCGGACGAGCCGGCGGACCUCAUCCGCGCCUCCCUCGUCUGCAAGGCUUGGUGCCGCCUCCUCUCCGGCCACGUCUUCCGCGGCCGCUACCGCACCUUGCACAAAACACCUCCAGUCCUGGGCUUCCUACAAAGCUGGGAUGACAACGUCGAGCGCUUCGUCCCGACCACAAAAUUCCGCCCCCGCAGUCCCAAGCGUCGGGACAGCUUCGUGCUCGACUGCCGCCAUGGCCGCGUUCUUCUUGGGUGUGAGUGGGACAGGGAAGAUGAGGAAGAGGAGGAAGAGGAGGAAGAGAAGGAAGAGAAGGAGGUGGAGGAUGUCAACUGGAAGAUGGUCGUCUGGGACCCAGUGUCUGGGAGCCGGACGGAGUUGCACAACAUCUUCGGCCCUGACAACAACCGCGCAAACUAUACGGCCACGGUGCUCUGUGCAACGGAUGGCUGCAACCACACUGCCUGCAACUUGGGCCCAUUUUUCGUCGUUGUAGCUUUUGUCAGCCUUCAUGAUAAGAGGCUCGUGUUGGCGUCUGUAUACUCAUCGAAGACCCGGGAGUGGACCUCGCCGGCCUCUAUUCAUAUCGGCGGCGUUGGAACACUUGGAGCCUACAUCGUCGCAAGGCCUGCCGUUAUCGUUGGACAAGCGCUCCACUUCCUCCUUCGUCGAGAUGAGGGCAUUUGCAUUCUCAAGUAUGACUUGGUUAGGCAUCGCCUAUCGGUCAUUGAUCCACCAGGGCUGCGUACAUUGACGUGGAACCCUCUCCUCAUUUCGCCGGACGACGGUGGGCUGGGUGUCGUCCACCUAGACCAGCAUGGGCUAUGCCUCAUUUGGUCGAUGGAGGUGAGUCGUGAUGGAGAAGUGUCAUGGAUUCAGGUUAGAGAAAUGGACCUCAAGACACUUGUCCCCAGUGGCAAUCCCAGGACCUCAUAUUCAUUAAAGUUGGUUGGCUGUGUGGAGGGCACCGAUAUCAUCCUUGCGAUCACAUAUCUUGGUGCAUUCCGAAUUGAUCUCAAGUCCCUGAGGUUGAGAAAGUUGUCGAGUAAGCCAAAUAGGGGCACAAUUGAGCGGGAAAUAUUUGAGAACCUCUUUCUCUACAUGAGCUUCAACAAUCCACCAGAAAAUCCUGAAGUUGCGCAAAGAAAUUCUCAUCCUAGUGACUCAUUCUUCAAAACUGUUUGCUUCGUUUAG